AUGGCCACCCACGAUAACUGCUCUUCACGUCACUCCACCGUCAUGUCUGAGAAACACCUCUCCUCCUCAUACAUAAACACUCCCUCUCCCUCUUCACCCAGACGGAAGCCUACUCGAGCUCAGAGUACGCGGACAAGCAACGGGACCGUCAGCACAAACAUGAGCUACGGCAGUAGUGGACGAAUGUCAGAAGCCACCAAUAUUACACUGCCUCCGUCAUAUUCCAAGAAAUUCGUGGUAGUAGGUGACGGUGGCUGUGGCAAGACUUGUCUUUUGAUUAGCUAUUCUCAGGGCUAUUUUCCAGAGAAAUAUGUUCCCACUGUCUUUGAGAACUACAUCACCCAAACAACCCACAAGCAGACGGGGAAAACCGUCGAGUUGGCGUUGUGGGAUACCGCCGGUCAGGAAGAAUACGACCGUCUCCGACCGCUUUCUUACCCCGAGACUGAUCUCCUGUUCGUCUGCUUCGCCAUCGACUGUCCUAACUCUUUAGAGAACGUCAUGGAUAAGUGGUACCCCGAAGUUCUUCACUUCUGUCCUACAACUCCCUUAAUCCUCGUGGGCUUGAAAUCAGACCUCCGCAACAAACGAACCUGCAUUGAGCUCCUGCGUACUCAGGGCCUCACUCCAGUGACGCCAGAACAAGGGCAAGCCGUUGCGAAACAGAUGGGUGCGUCUUACAUCGAAUGCAGCGCAAAGGAAUCUAGAGGCAUUCAAGAGGUUUUCGACCAAGCCAUCGACACAUCUAUCAGGGCCGAGGAAGAGAGCUACGAGACUCAUCCUAACGCAAAAGGCGUUAAGGUGAAGAAAGUGAAGAAGAGGAAGUGUGGCAUCUUGUAA